AAAGCAAAGAACAUUUACAUUAUUUAAUAUGGGUCAACAUCAUGAAAAGGAACUCAACAUAAUAGGAUAAUUAAGUGAACCAUGGACUGCCUUGCAGCACAGUAUUCUUUGUACUCCUUCCAUUUCAUACCGUAAGUCGUUCUAACUUUUCUAGAUACAUAGUUUUUACAAUAUAUCUAGACAUAACAUAUAUCAAGGUGUGUAGCAAAAGCUAUCUCUAAAAAAGCUUGAACGACUUACAAUUUUGGAAUGGAGUACUAAUCUGAAACCGAAUUUAUUACAUAACUAUUACUAGCGCUAUAUUUAGUAAAAGAAUAUGACAAAGCUCCAUGGAUUAUUAUAAACGGUUGACAACAUAUAAUACGUUUGGAUUUAUUAGUGCUUCUAGAAACUGCCCUAAACUCCUUUACACACUGGUAUCACAUAUUAUUGGUAUUCAGGGUCUAUAUAUGCAUGUUCCUCAAUAAAAAGAACCGGUGGGACUCGAUGACCAUACAGAUGCACAUGAAAACAGUUAAUGAAUAAACAUGUAGGUUAAUAUAGAUAUAUAAUACUUCUUUAUAAAUGAGAGUACUCUAAUAUAUCAAUAUCUUGUCUUAGUUUCUGUUUUACACCCAUGUUUUCUUUUAACUGUCGACCGUGUAUCAGCGCUUAUGUCUUGCGAUUGCCAUUUCUACCAAACAUACAAGAGAAGAAAUUUUUGAAGUGAAUCAAAUGGUGGAAAUAACCCAUGCCAUUCCCCCCUUCCAUAUUUUGGGGUAUGCCAAUUUACACUGGCCAGAGGUCAAUCACAACUAUUUGACAUGGUCAGUGCAUAUUAAUCCAGGAUGCUCAAAGGGGUCUCAUGGGGGAAACUCACCUCUGGCGCAUGGCUGAUGCCAGAGGUCUCACUGGUCUAGGUCUUAGAUAAGCUUUUGCAUAGGAUGUUGUCUUGCUCAUGUUUUUCCUUUCCCAUCAGUGAUUGGUUAUUUGUUCUAUUUGCAUCCUACUCUGGCCUCAACUUUUGAGGUAUUGCAGAUUCUGUAAUCAGAUGGUUGUAUUCUUUUUUCUCUUAAUACCAAGCGCAUAUCAAACAUACAAUCCAGUGGCGAAGCUAGAGCAAACAUGAAGGGGUGCACCUCUCUUGUGGAUGCAUAAGGAUGAGAUGUGAGUGAUGCAUAUAUGGUGAAAAAUUGAACACUAUAACUGACUUUUAAAAUUUUAGGGGGUGCAUUUGCACCCACUGGCUACAUAGUAGCUUCGCCCCUGAUACAAUCCCUACUUUUACAAACCAUUAAAUUGCUUUCACCUCAAACAUUACAAUAUGAACAAAAUAAAAAACUCGGCCAUGGAGAGAAAGACCACCCUCCUGGUAUUAUAUUAAUAAGAGACCGAAACAUAGUCUCAUCCAAGAAAAAUCUCCGAACAUUGGCCCCCAUCACUAGCAGGCUGUCACCGUCCACCCUACAAUGGUCCAACCGAAGGGUGGCGUGCAGGACGUAACCUGGGAGCGGGUGGGGCACAAUAAGUUUUUUUAACUAAACCCGAAAUUCGCAUCCGAGGUGAUCGAACCCGGGACCUAAAGGUGCUACUCGAAAGCCUUAACCAUUACGCUAGAGGCUCUUUCGUAAUAUGAACAAAAUAAUACUAGGAUAUUCUUUGGACUGCCUGAUACACCUCAUGAAUGACAUUUUGGGAUGUCCAAUUGUUGGGCCAUGUGUCUAGUGUUGGCCCAUUAACGUGUACACAUAUACUAGAAGUGUGUGUGGUGUAGAGAGAGUGCUGUAUGUUUUCCACAUUCCAGAAAAAUCCACAUGGUACCGGAGCCAGGCUCAACGGCGAUGGCGUCGCGGUGACGAGUGUCUUCGGCCUCGACGGAGAAGACCACCGAGAAGGAGAUCAGCGACGGCCGAAGGAGGCCGCCGAGGCACACGAGCGAUCGAGGGAGGCGAGGGACGUGACCAGGCAGAAGACGGGCGAGUACACCGACGCCAGCAGGGAGGCCGCGCAGGAGGCCAGGGACAGGUCCCGAGCCACAGCACAGGAGGGACGCCACCGCCGACAAGGCGAGGGCGGCCAAGGACGUGGACGCGGGCACUCGUCGGCGACAAGGAUCUGGAGAUAGGGGUGCUUGGGGAGGCUCUCCAGCUGCCGCAGCUCGUCCAACCCUUGAGGAAGCUGCCGGCACACAGGUGCUGCUGCUCCCCCCUGCUGCCCGCGUCCUGUGACUGAGAUCCAUCCAGCUCGGAGGAGGAGGAAGAGGAGGCGCUCCUGGUCCUGGCUUCUAGACGUUGUGACCCAGAUCUUGACGCAGCUGCCCAAGUAGUUUCCUAGUUAUUAUUACAUAUAUAUUAUGGGGGAAAAUCAAGGAAUUGAGCAGGUUCUUGGUAAAUUGGUCGAAUUACUGUCAGCAAAAAGGGAUGAGGCUCCAUCAUCAAUUAAAGACAAUGUUGCUCAUAUAGAACCAGUUCAGAAGAUAGACCUAAUGCCAAAUGAGAUUAAGUUAGAAGGGGUGAAAAAUUAUUUGGCAUGGUCUAGAAGAGCAUUGCGAUUAUUGAAGGCAAAGAGACUCGAGGGCUAUGUUAAAGGAGAUGUCGUUGAGCCCAAGGAUAAGUUAAGUGAUGAAUGGAAAGACUGGGAUGCUAUAAACUCUUUAGUGGCAGCGUGGAUGUUGAGUUCUAUGAUUCCAGCAAUUGCUAGCACUGUUGAUACAAUCAUAAGUGCUGCAGAAAUGUGGAAAGCACUUGAAGAAAUGUACUCGGGAGCUGGAAAUGUUAUGUUGAUGGUGGAGACUGAAGAUCGCCUCCAUAAUAUCAAACAGGGGGAGCGAUCUGUGGCGGAGUACGUUCAGGAGUUACAAUGUUUAUGGGCUGAUGUUGAUCAUUAUGAUCCUAUUGAGCUACCACACUCAGAGUGUGUUGCUUGGGCGAAGAAAUGGGUGGAAAAAAGACGUGUACUUCAAUUGCUAAGGGGGCUAAACUCAGAGUUCGAGGGAAGACGUGCCUCCAUGUUUCAUCAAUCCACUCUUCCUAGCCUACAAGAAGCCAUAGCUGCCAUAUCCCAGGAGGAGUCAAGACUCAAAGUGAUGAGAGAAAGUUCUCAAACGCCGCCUCAUCCUGUGUUUUCAGCUAUGAGAACCAAAGAUACUAGAGAAUGUUACAAUUGUGGUAAUGUUGGACAUAUUGCACGUAAUUGUUCUAAGCCUUCCAAAGUUAAUCGUGGGAGAGGAAGAGGGGCUCCUAGAGGCGGCAGAGGUCGUGGAGGCAGGAGUUGGGCAAGGGCGAAUGCAGCAACUACACAAGAAGAACUUGAAACAUUUAUGGAACACGAAGAUGAAACAAAGUUGAGGAAGAAAAAUCAAAUCUCUGGAGAUAAAGAUCAGGAGUCUCACACAGGGGAUUUUGUCCACUUCGCCUACACUGAUGAAGGAGAGGGAAACAGGGAAGAGACUUGGGACAGCUACCAGGCGUAAUGGAUUGUGGUAUAUGGAUCAUGAGGGGACUAAUGGUACAAUAUGCACUAUGCUGGCAACAAGAAUGGAAGAGAAGGAGGUUGCAGUGAUGCUCUUGCAUUGUAGAUUAGGGCAUCUUUCUUUUGAUAAGAUAUGCAAAGCUUUUCCUGAUGUAAUGAGUGGGGUGGAUAAAAGCAAGCUAUUGUGUGAUGCCUGUGAGUUUGCAAAACACACAAGGACAUCUUAUAUUAGUCGAGGUAUCAGGAGUAUAUCUCCUUUUGUGCUAGUUCAUUCUGAUGUUUGGACAUGUCCUGUGACUUCUAUUAAUGGGAUGAAGUACUUUGUUACUUUUAUCGAUUGUUUUUCUCGGA